AUGGCUGGUUGGUUUUCUUCAACGUCGCCGCUCGACGAGCAGAUCGAGCGGGCAACGGCUUCCUCGCUGGAGGACAUUGCCCUCAAUCUGGAAAUAUCCGACAUGGUUCGAUCGAAGAGCGUGCAGCCCAAGGAAGCGAUGAGAUCGUUGAAGCGACGGCUCGAGAAUAGGAACCCCAACAUUCAGCUGGCGACUCUGAAGUUAACAGAUACUUGUGUCAAAAACGGAGGCACCCACUUUCUAGCGGAGAUCGCAUCUCGGGAAUUCAUGGAUAACCUUGUGUCAUUACUGAAGUCCGAAGGCGCCCCAUUAAAUCCAGAUGUUCAAGGAAAGAUGUUGGAGCUCAUCCAAAAUUGGGCUAUGGCUGCGCAGGGCCGAAUGGAUUUGAUGUACCUUGGGGACACAUAUCGCAGACUCCAGAGCGAGGGGUACCGAUUUCCGCCAAAGACAGAAAUGAGCGGCAGUAUGUUGGAAAGCAGUGCUCCUCCGGAGUGGAUUGAUUCCGAUGUCUGUAUGCGAUGCCGGACAGCCUUCAGUUUCAUGAAUCGCAAACACCAUUGCCGAAACUGUGGCAAUGUCUUCGAUGCUCAAUGUUCCAGCAAGACCAUCCCGUUGCCACAUCUUGGAAUAUUGCAGCCUGUCAGGGUGGAUGAUGGAUGCUAUGCUAAAUUGAACUCCAAGUCGUUUGCACCACCGGGAGUAUCGGAUCGAUCCACGUUUAAAAACAACUCCAUCACAAAAUCUAGCUCAAUGGAACCCCGAGCUGCCAAAGCGGAUACCGGAUUCGACGAAGAUUUGCGUCGCGCGUUACAGAUGAGCCUCGAUGAGGCCGAGGGCAGAGGCACUUCGGGAUUCGUACCGCAGACUUUCAAUGCCCCAGAAGCGACCAAGCCCACCCCCGGACCAGCCCAUGUGGACGAGGAGGACGAUGCAGACCUCAAGGCAGCGAUCGAAGCAUCGCUGCGAGACAUGGAACAACACAAACAAAACCAUGCAGCAGCAUUGAAGAACGUUCCUACUCCAAGUUCUGCAAUCCGUGAUUCGUCCAGCACGCCGACUCCCCUACCCAAGAACCCCUAUGAACUUACACCCGUGGAAGCCGAGAACAUCCAUCUAUUUUCCACGCUCGUUGAUCGGCUCCAGCAUCAGCCCCCAGGAACAAUCCUCAGAGAGCCACAGAUCCAGGAGUUAUAUGAAAGUAUCGGUUCUCUUCGACCGAAGUUGGCCCGUAGCUAUGGAGAGACUAUGAGCAAGCAUGACACGUUACUCGAUCUACAUGCCAAACUCUCAACAGUCGUGAGGUAUUACGAUCGAAUGUUGGAAGAGCGCCUCUCCAAUGCUUAUCCACACCACGGUCUUGGUUAUGGGGCUGUUCCCGGCGCAACACAAUAUCCGAAUAUCCAGCCCGGGUUUACUCCCCAGGCACCGGAUGCACAAGCUGGGGCCGAGAAUUUCUAUUAUGGCAACCAGAUGGACAGCUCUCGCCCACCCACUGCCAUGUAUGCACCCCAGACGGCGAACGCUGAAGGGUAUGGAGGCGCACCUGGCGCUGUCACCGGCGCCUAUAUGUCGCACACUCCACAUGGAGCUCAGCCGAACGAGGCUCACCACCAGAACUGGGGUGGAAAACCUUACCCGUCUCUCGGGGCACAGUCACCUAACGCUAUUCCCAAUAACUACACCACUACUCCCGCACCAAGUGCUCCGUCUCAGUACUAUGCGGGACCAUCUGAUCCGGACGCAAACAAGUCACCAGUCGCCGAACCUCCAUACCAACCAUCACCUGUCAUGCGGCGAGACUCCCAGUAUCAACCUAGUGCACCUCCAGGCGGGUCUGCCGUACCCGAGCAGCCAGCCGCUACCGGGUAUGCGCAGCCUGGUUACUCGGUGCCCCCUAGCGCUCCGGCACCUCACCAGCAACCAACCGGCCCGACACCCCACCCGCCAUCAUUUUAUUACCCUCAGCAACCCACGCCUGCACCUUCUGCUUACCCACCAAUGACCACUGGGCAACCGAGCGCGCAUGCACCCGAAGCCCCCGGACAAGCACCUUAUCAGCAACCGCGGCCAGUGGAGGAGAGUUUGAUUGAGCUGUAG